AUGAGAUGCUAUAUAUACAUACACGCGACAGCAGAGAAGAACAUAACACUCUUCUGGAGAUCAGACAUGGGUUCGAGGAUAGCUUUCUCUUGUUGUGCUCUGCUACUGGUCACACUGCUGCCUCUUUCGGCGAAUGCGUCGAGCAAACUCUACAUAGUGUACAUGGGGGAGAAGAAACAUGACGAUCCAUCUGUUGUGACCGCGUGGCACCAUGACAUACUAACCUCCGUACUUGGGAGCAAGGAUGAAUCCUUGAAGUCGAUGGUUUACAGUUACAAGCACGGAUUCUCUGGGUUCGCGGCAAUGCUCACCAAAACCCAAGCAAGGACUUUGGCAAACUUUCCUGAAGUUAUAAGUGUGAAACCUAACACCUACCACAUGGCGCACACAACUCGGAGCUGGGACUUCCUUGGCCUUGGGCACAACAAAUCACCACAACAAACUGACCUCCUACGAAAAGCGAAUUACGGUGAAGAUAUCAUUGUCGGGGUGAUCGAUUCAGGCAUAUGGCCUGAAUCACAAAGCUUUGACGACAACAGAUACGGCCCUGUGCCGGCACGGUGGAAAGGCAUAUGCCAGACCGGAACAGCGUUCAAUGCAUCGAGUUGCAAUAGAAAGAUCAUCGGCGCACGGUGGUACUCUGAGGGAAUUGAUGCCAUGCACCUCAAGGGUGAGUACAUGUCGCCUCGGGAUUUCAACGGCCAUGGAACUCAUGUUGCCUCGACGAUUGCCGGAGGAGAAGUGCAAGGUGUGAGUUAUGGCGGCCUAGCCACCGGCAUGGCACGUGGCGGGGCACCGCGUGCACGGCUAGCAAUUUACAAGGUGUUAUGGGGCCCGAACACGGCAGCCAGUGACGCGGACAUCCUCGCAGCCAUUGACGAUGCCAUACAAGAUGGCGUGGAUGUCCUGUCGCUCUCACUGGGACGGGGUGCCGGUCACGAGUUCCCCGGGACACUUCAUGCAGUCUUGAGAGGGAUCUCAGUUGUCUUCUCUGCCGGGAAUGAUGGUCCGGCACCACAAACGGUGACGAAUGUCAUGCCAUGGGUGACGACAGUGGCAGCUAGCACAAUGGACCGGGCCUUCCCAACCCUCAUAUCUCUCGGAAACAAAGAAAAGCUUGUGGGACAAUCUCUUUACUACAACUCAACUCUGAACAGCGACGGCUUCAAGGAGCUUGUUCACGCGGGAAGCUGCACCGCGGAGUGGUUAGCGUCAAACAACGUGACCGGCAAGAUCGUCCUGUGCUACGCACCAAGGCUGGCGCCCAGCGUGCUGCCUCGAGUAGAGCUGUCCCUCACCAUCAAUCGUACUGUGGGUGCCGGAGCCAAGGGCCUCAUCUUUGCGCAGUACACCACGAACCUCCUGCCGAUAUGCAAGGGCGGCAUGCCCUGUAUUGUAGUAGACUACGAAAUUGCACAGAGAAUUGAAUCAUACUUGGCGAUCACAGAGAGUCCAAUCGUGAAGGUGUCACCUGCCAUGACCGUUGUCGGAGACGGGGUGUUGUCGCCAAGGGUUGCUUCAUUCUCGUCCAGAGGCCCGAGUCCUCUAUUCCCAGGCAUACUCAAGCCCGACAUAACUGCACCAGGCGUCGGCAUCUUGGCAGCUAUGCGCGGCUUCUAUGUGUUAAUGGAUGGUACAUCAAUGGCAUGCCCACAUGUCUCUGCAGUUACCGCACUUCUUAAGUCGGUUCACCCUGACUGGUCGCCUGCUAUGAUCAAGUCUGCAAUCGUCACCACGGGUAUGUACACUGUGUAG